GGAGAGGCCCUUGAUGUCACCAGCAGCCCUUGCACAAGGCAGCCCAAGAAGCACCUAAAAGGGACGGAAAGUGGCCGAGGGCAGAGAAGGGACCAUGGCAGGGGCUUGGAGGGCGCUCAUGCUGGUGGCGGGCUUGGCGGCGAUGGCCUGUGAGGCCCAACACCGGCAGGGCCCCCAGGCGAGGAUUGUCGCCCAGGCCUUGCAAUUCUUCAACGCCGGGCGGCAAGGCCAGCCCCUCUUCGGCCUGCUAGAGGUCCUCCCAACACCCAGAUCGAACUCCACCUUGAGGACGCUGGUCAGGUUCAGGAUCAAGGAGACAGUGUGCCUCUCAGAGCCGCAGCAGCAGCCAGCGCCCCAGCAGUGCGCCUUCAGGGACGGCGGGGAGGAGCGGAACUGCAUGAGUGCCUUCGGCCGGUUGGGCCGGUUGAGCCGUCAGCGCAUCCUGUUGGUCGACUGCAGCCCAGGCCCGGAGCGCCAGCAAGAGGACUCGCAGGAGCAGCCGGAGGCUCCACCCCCCGAAGAAGCAGCUUCAGACAUCGACCGCUCCAAGCUGCCCCCUGUGGCCAGGAACUUGUAUGACAACGCCAGGAAUGACAUCAUCAACAACAUCCUGAGGAAUUUCUAGGGCCGGGAAGGAGGGGAGGCCCGCAUCCCAGCCAUGACCUCCCCUCCCACCGGCCACUCCCUCGGCGCCCACAGCACCCCCUUCGCUGCACAGUCCCCCACACGCCUCUGCUUCCGCACACCUGCUGCCCUCUGCUCGAACGCCUGCCCGUCCUGUGUCUAACUCCUACUCACCCUUCAAGGCACAGCUCCAAGGCCACCUCCUCCAGGAAGCCCCGGGCUUGCCCCCAGCAGGUGUCCUUCCCUCCUCAGAGCGUUCAGGAGCCUCAGACCAUGCCGGCGUGACCUGCUGUGCCCUGGCCGGACGCACCCUGUGUGUGCACAGCUGUGCCCGCCGGCGCUGGUGACAGAGGGUGGGGGAAUGGGCUUCUCGACCAGGUGCUCCUGGGAGGACAGUGCUUCUGCAGGACCCGGCACCCCCGCCCCCGCCCAGGCCCUUCACAUCUGCAGGCGUUGCCACGGGGUCAGCCCAUCCUGAGGGGAGAGGCUCAAUAAAGCAUUUCUGACAGACGACC